UGUGUGCCCACCAACAACAAAUCUUCAUGGUAUUGGGCCAUUUUUAAGGAUAGGGCAACCUGGGAAGCCCAUGGCCUUGCCAUCACUGCUUGCAAGAUGUAUCCACCAGGCUCAUUCAAUGUCACUCCUUGCAACCCUUGUCUUCACACCAAUUCCUGGUAUAAAGCCACAGAGUACAUUACCUGGAUUCACAAUCUCUGCCUGGCUCUUCUGUACAGAGUUCUCCCUGUCUGUGUCUGGCGCAAUUUUUGCAAGUUCGUCACUGGCCUUUGUAUUAUGUCUCAAUACAGCAUCACUCCUGCCCAACUUCAUCAUGCUUCUCAGCUCAUAUCAGAACAGGCACCAGAAUUCAAGUGUAUUUUUUACCAGUGUCAUGUUGAUCACAUUCCAUUCAUUCGUCCUUGUGUUCACCUCACAUGUCACGUUCCUUCCAAAGCAGCUCAUGUUGGCUCACCCAUAUGUUCCUCAUGGUGGACAAUGGAGCAUACUAUCAGCAAUCUUGGCCAAGAGAUACAGCAACCAUCAGACCCAUUCUCCAACCUUGCACAGCAGGGAAUCUGCUGUUUCCAAGUGAAUGUGCUCAAGGCUAUGCUACCUCAUCUUGACCCUCCCAAAAAUGUCAACCCAUGUGCAUAUGCUGACCUCCAUAAUGGCUAUGUCCUCCUCACCAAAUGUGACAAGCAUCUCAUCGCUCUUCAAGGAGCAGAGGCCCAAAUUAUCUCAGAGUAUCUCAGAGUUCUGCUUGCACCCAGAAUCUGA